AUGCUGUCGCACCUGAAGGAGCUCCAGGCCGACAAGAAGAGCUACGGCCACGUGGACAGCGCCGUCGACAUGAGUCCCGGCGGGUAUGUCAAGACGCCCAGCAGCUUAAAUGACGUGGAAGAAGGCGGCGGCGGCGGCAGUAGCAGCAGCAGUGCGCUCCCCGCCGCGCAAGAGCAGCAGCAGAAUCAGAGUCCGAGUUCCAGUGCGAAUCAGAUGCCGAAAGACUUCAUGGAGCGCCCACUUUGCGACGAACAGAGCGAACGGGAGACGGAUAAAAUCGCACACGACGCGCAGUUCCGCGUGAACGGAAUCGUUGUCGAUCACGAAGUCAAAGGCGGCGCGCGACGUGGGUGGGAAGGGGUUUAUGAGAUUAUGUUCCGGAGCUCGACGUCUACGGGCCAACGGGUGGCGCUCGUGCUGCUCGUGAUGGUGUCGGUGAGUGUCGCAGUGGCUGUGCUGGACAGUGUGGACGACAUCCGCGACGGCAUUGGCGACGUGUUGCUGGCGCUGGAGGCGUUCUUUACAGUGGUGUUUUCCGUCGAGUAUUUCUUGCGGGUCGUCUCGCUUCGUCAUCCCGGACGGUUUGCGCUGAGCAUGAUGGGCUUUAUUGACGUCUGUGCGCUCGUGCCGUCGUACUUGGCGUUCAUUCUCCCCGACGCGCGACCGUUGCUGCACUUGGCCGUGUUGCGGAUUUUCCGAGUCAUGCGCGUGUUUCGACUGCUGCGCCUUGCGCGCUUUGUGGACGCAGGGGCCGCGCUGAGCGACAACAUUCAGUCGAACAAGCGGCGCAUUGCCGUGUUUCUCGUGGCGCUGUUUACGAUGAUCAUUGUCAUUGGGUGCGCCAUGUACCUCAUUGAAGGCGACCGCCACGACUUUUCAAACAUUCCCAUCAGUCUAUACUGGACCGUGGUGACCAUGACCACGGUGGGAUACGGCGAUAUUUCACCCGAGACCAUCUUGGGCCGCAUGUUGGCGACCGUUGUCAUGUUUGUGGGCUACGGGAUGAUUGCCUGUCCACUCGUGCUGAACCAGACUGGAUCGAUGGACAUUUUGACUGAAGUCGUCGAGUGUCCGCGCUGUUUCCGACGCUUGCACCAAGACGAUGCCAACUUUUGCCGGGUGUGUGGCACAGCGCUCCGCCAGCCCCGUGCAAAGAGCAUCAAAGCCCGACGCGACCGCCGUCUUCGGCUUGCAAAGCUCCGACUACCACUUCCAGACGGCGAUCUCUCGUUUUCGACGUCGUCGACAAUGCGGUCAAAUGCGCGUCUGCUGUCGGGAGACUUGGACUCGACGCGGACGAUUGACCAGGGCGACUGCUAA